UUUACAGUUUUAAGUGUGUAAUUAGUAGCCAAGAUAAUACAAGAUGUCAAAAACAAUGGAUUUGUGACAAGGUCCCAGAAAUAAUCGGGCCUCUACGAUAGGAUUUCAUUCUGUUAUGAGUGAUGUUUGUUAAGAAAACAGCAGGGAAAUGCAAUUUUCAUAAAUAUGUAAACAUGCUGGAUUUUCAUAUGGAAGAGUUCAGUUACCGGUGAUUUUCAUGCUCUGCAUUUGAAUAAAGACCCUCCUGUUGCAGCAAAGUCAGAAUGGAAAUCAGUCUCGCUGUCUCUACACUGAACUUCUGCUCCGGACCAGAUUUCCAGCAAAGUGAACAAAGCUGUGAGCAAUAGAGAUGAUCCCGAAAACAUUUCAUUUACUUGUUUUACUAGGCCUUUUCUCAAAGACCUCGUGCUACUUCAUUCUCAUCCAAGAAGCGAAGACUUGGACCGAAGCCCGAUCGUACUGCAAGCAGUAUCACGUGGACCUGGCCACGAUUCAGAGCGAUGAGGACAGAUCUAAGAUACAGGAGGUGGCAGCCGCCGGGAAUUUCCAAAGCAGGGCUUGGAUGGGACUGUAUGAUGGUCUGUUUGAUUGGCGCUGGUCUUACCAAGAUCAAAACCUAGCAUACAGUAACUGGGCGUCCGGGGAAGACACCACCUCCAGGACUCAGAGGAUGUGUGGCCUGAUCAGAAACACCAGGGACUGGCAUGCUGUAUCUUGUGAGGAACAAAAACCUUUUUUUUGCUACCAAGGAAAUAGCAUUGCAGGCAAAUUUAAUUUUAACCAUAACAGUCUGAGCUGGCGUGAUGCUCAGCGAUACUGCAGCAGCAGGUACAAAGACCUGGCCUUCAUCAGUGAUUCCAGCGAUAACAACGCCCUGGUACUUCAGCUUAAAUACGUCUACGAUAAGUAUGAGGCCUGGAUCGGCUUGUCCAAGAACCUGUGGCUGUGGUCGGACCAGAGCAAAGUGAUCUGGCUGUCUGUGAAAUGGGCCGACGGACAGCCGGAUAAUGCCAGUGGCAAUGAAAAGUGUGGGUUUGUCCAUGAGACUGGAUUGAUUGGGGACGAUGUGUGCUCGCAUACCUUACCUUUCUUCUGCACGAAACGGAUGAAAACACAGACUGUGAGAUUUGCAGUGACAUCCGCUGGAUCUCUGAAUGAAUCUGCAGUGAUGGAGGCCCUAGAGAAGCAGAUGAAUCAGAUCCUCUCAGAUCAGCAGAUCUCUGGGUCCAGUGUAACGUGGAGAGUCCAGCCUGAUGGACAGAUCUUCCAGCAGCAGAGAAACACACACGAAGAAUGAGCAAUCAUUUCAACACUGCUAGGUUUAAAUCUCUUAUAAUAUUACUAUCAUAAUAACCCUGUAGUAUAAUGUAGGUUUGAUGUCUUUCG